GCCCCCGGAGCGCCACAGCCGCGGCUGAGGUAAAACGGGGAGAAGGCGCCAUGCACUUGCCUCCGCGCCAGCUCCUCCGCCUCCUGCUCCAAGCCCUGGCCGCUCUCUGGAGCCCGCCGGCGCCCCUAGGGAUAAAUUACCCCUCCCCCCGCCAGUGCAACUACAAGUGCGGGUUCUGCUUCCACACCGCCAAGACCUCCUUCGUGCUGCCGCUGCAGGAAGCUGAGCGGGGGCUCCGGUUGCUCAAAGAGGCGGGUAUGGAGAAAAUAAACUUUUCAGGCGGGGAGCCGUUUCUGCACGAGAGAGGCGAGUUUGUCGGGAAGCUGGUCCAAUUUUGCAAGCAGGAGCUAAAGUUGCCGAGUGUUAGCAUUGUGACCAAUGGCAGUAUGGUUAAGGAAAGAUGGUUCAAACAUUAUGGGGAAUAUCUAGAUAUUCUUGCUGUAUCUUGUGAUAGCUUCAAUGAAGAAGUCAAUGUUUUAAUUGGCCGUGGGCAAGGGAAGAAAAAUCAUGUUGAAAAUCUUGAAAAACUGAAGAUGUGGUGCCAGAAAUAUAGUGUUGCUUUCAAAAUAAACUCUGUGAUCAAUCGUUUCAAUGUGGAAGAAGACAUGAAUGAGAAGAUUAAAGCUCUAAAUCCUGUCCGCUGGAAGAUAUUCCAGUGUUUGCUCAUUGAAGGAGAAAAUACAGGGAAAGAAGCUCUGAGAGAAGCUGAAAGAUUUAUCAUCAGUGAUGAAGAUUUUGAACGAUUCCUGCAUCGUCAUAAAGACGUCUCAUGCUUAGUCCCCGAAUCUAAUCAAAAAAUGAGAAAUUCCUACCUAAUUCUGGAUGAAUAUAUGCGCUUUCUCAACUGUGUAAAUGGCCAGAAAGAACCUUCUCGAUCAAUCCUGGAUAUAGGUGUAAAACAUGCUAUCCAAUUCAGCGGCUUUGAUGAAAAUAUGUUUUUCAAGAGAGGAGGCAAAUACAAAUGGAGCAAAGCAGAUAUGACACUACAGUGGUGAUCAAACUUUGUUAUUUGCUGGACAUGUCUGCAAGCACGAACUGUACCCAUUUUACUCUCUUCUUCAGAGAAAAAUGCUCAAUUUUUUUUUUUUUAGAAAGAAACUGUCCUGCAUUCUAGCUACUGUAGGUGCAUGGUGAUAUUUCAGUGUUGCUUAUUGCAGACAGAAUAGUAAUUUAGAUUUUAAUUUAAUAAUUUAGACUUUUUUAUCCCACCUUUAUUAUUUCUAUAAGUAACUCAAGGUGGCGA